AUGUGGAUCUCUUUAGAUUCUUCUAUUGAUGUUUGCACACAAUAUAGGUUUCGUAAAUUUAAAUAUGGACAACAUACUGCAGAUUCGGAAGGCGUAUUAAUAGAAGUCUUAAAUAGAAUAAAAACGCUGUUCCAAGAGAUGUGCUCGUCAGAAUUGCUUUACUCUCAGGAUUCAUAUCAACCUUCAAUACAGUACUAUGAUAUUCAUGAAGAAAAUUCACAAAAUCUUGAAGAUUUUGAUCCUAAUGCUGAUCUAUGGGAUGCACUUAAUUAUUAUAAAAGUUCACAAAUAGUAAAUAAUGAAUCAUCAUUUCCAGAAGAUCAAUCUGAAUAUUGGGAGAAGAAUGAACAUCUUGAAUCAUUAGAAAGUUCGGAAGCAGUAUUGGAUAAUAAUUUCUUAGCUAUAUCAAUAUCAUCAAAGCAAACACCGCAAAAACAUAAAUUAAAGAGUGCACUUGAAUUUAUACUCAAUGCAUUAUCAUUAUCAUCAUCAGAAACCAAUCAAAAGAGAUCGAGAUUUGAUGACGAAAAUGAUGAAUAA